AUGGCAUUUCUGAACUCUGUCAAAUCACUCACUGCGAAUAUUGGCAGCAAGCGCCAAAAACAAUCCAAGGGUGAGGCAAAGGGGAUUCUGCCAUCACUGAAACCUGUUGCGUUACCGCGAGUAAGUCCCGACCAUGUUCUGGCACUUUCAGAUCAAGGUUGGACAACAAUUGGUCUGAGUCAAAAAUCGACCGAUCCUCUACACGACAGCUUCGAACGUCUUUUAAAUGCGAGCCGAGCCUUUUUCGACCUCCCAGAAAAGUACAAGCAGACUUUUAAGACUGAGCAAGGUAGCGAAGAAGGCUGGAGUCGGGUGCAGGGAGAGAAGGAGUUUAUCACUUUGCGGACAAUUGGCAACACGCCUGACGAGUUGAAGGACGCAGCUGAAACGUACUGGAAUGAAGCGAGUGUCCUCUUAAAUGAGACUGUUGGGAGAGUUGCGGAGAGCUUGGAUUUGCCGGCAGAAGCGUUGACCGUGUUCUCAAAGCCAUGCACGACUUUGGGAGAAGAGGAGACGGCCACCAUGUUGCGACUUUUUAGAUACGAGGGAUUCGAGGGCAAGCGGAGUGAGGUUGUGGCUGAAAGUCAUGUGGAUCUGGGUUUGCUCAGUCUUGUCAUCGGUGACAAACCAGGGUUAGAAGUCAGAGACACUCGAGCCAACUGCUGGUUCCCCAUAGAGCAAAGCUAUAAGACCCCCAAAGGCAGUCUGCUUGUUGGUCGGCAACUUGAACGGUUAUCUAAUGAUCGUUACCAGGCCGGAAGGCAUCAAGUUUGCUCAUACCCGAAUCCAGCACUGAGCUCCGGACGAUCCACGACUCCACGGGACAAUUACAGGUACUCGGUUGUUCUGGUAUUGAGAGCUCACCUGCCGGUACCGAUCGACACGGACAGCUUGACAACUGAGAUUACUGGUCCGUUUUCUCGUCCUCUGAAGAAUAUCACGGCAGAUGACCUUUUUCGGGAGAUUCAUGCUGCUCAUUUCAAUAUCAACACUGGGACCGAGGAGAGAGAGGAACAGAAGCGAAACAUAAUUAAGGAUAUUCAUCUUACUACAAAGAUCAAGGUCCAAGAUGCCAACGUUGGCCGAAGAGUGAGAUUCAGGUCAGGAGAGCUGCGAAAUUAUCAAGCCAGUCACGGAGUUCGAACUUCGGAUGAUCUCGUUGGGGCUCCGGAUGGGGUCGCACUGGGUGUGGCAUUGGCAUUUUGGCAUGCGUGGUCAUGGGCUACUGGUUCCUUACCCAUGCACCAAGCUCUCUCUGCAGCUCUCAACAGACGCCCUGACAGCUCGGUCCAGCAACCGCAAACCUGCUUCUACAGUACUACUAGCCCGUUUGAACGCGACGGUGCUCCUAUUCUGGGCCGGCUCGAGUACCCAUGUUGGUCUUCUAUCCCUGCUCUUCUUUCUGUUGUUCCCGGGAGGGUUCCGAAGGAGAAGCUGAAAGAAGCACCCCCCCAAAAGCAAUCUUUGCCAGCGUAA